AUGCCCGUUCCCGGUCAAUCGGCCCGCACUACUCAACACGAUGCGCUGGUAUACAACUUUAUGGCUACAUCAAACCCCCCCGCAGGGCAAACUAGAGUUGUAGAAAGAGACCUUUACGAUCCGGACAGAAAGCGCGGUCACGCUAGCGAUUCUGACGAAACGUCGACAGAAGUUGAAACCAAGCAACGGAAAACAGAAGAACCUCACAGUGAAGAACUUGACAAUGCCAUCCCCACACCAUUAUUCCUAAUAAUAAGCCACAAGGAAGAAGGCAAGUCUUUGAGCAAGAUCAGUCCCUUCAUUAUAAAUAAGGCCCUUGUCAACACAGCAGGACAACCAAAGUCAAUCAGAAAGUUGAGAAACGGAACAAUUUUGGUGGAGGCUGCGAAUUGCGGUCAAGCCAAGAAGCUCCUGCAAAUGCAACGUUUCUUUGACCAGGUCGAGAUCAACGUCAAACCACAUCCUUCUCUAAACUCCUCUAAGGGAAUUGUUUUUAGCCGUGAUCUCAUCGAUUGCAGUGAAGAUGAGCUCAGAGAAGAGUUGCAUUAUUCGAUGGUAACGGACGUGGUUAGGAUAUUUAGGACUGAGAACGGUCAAAAAGUUCCCACAGCUGGAUUGAUAUUGACUUUUGCUAUGCCUCAGCCCCCGUCUACUAUAAAGGCCGGAUACCUGUCCUUGGCAGUAAGACCUUAUUUUAAAAACCCUCAGAGGUGCUUUAGGUGCCAAAGGUUUGGGCAUUCUAGCAAGGUGUGCACCAAUUCAGAGACUUGCUCUCGUUGCGCCACAGAGGGCCAUAACGAGGAAGGCUGUAAAAACGACAUCCAGUGUGUAAACUGCAAAGGGAAACACCUAUCAUCCUCUAGAGAAUGCAAAGUAUAUUUAGAGGAAAAAGAAAUUCUUAAGAUAGUGACCCUCGAUAAACUUUCCUUCAACGAGGCUCGCAGGGAGUAUAGGAGAAGGGUUGCCCCUACUCCCAAAAAGGGAGUAUCCUACUCUGAAGCCGCUGCUGCCCCGGUCCAUCCUACUCAAUGUUCAUCCUGCUCAGUUUUGGAGGCCCCUCUGGUUGUGGCUCGCGAUGAUCUGAGUGAUCUCAUUGCUCAGCUUCCAGUUCCCUUUCUGAUUGUUGGCGACUUCAACGCUCAUCACCUCUCUUGGGGUUCCGGCCAUUGCGGUCAGCGAGGUAACAUGGUUGCCGGGUUGUGCGACGGAUUACAACUUGUGAUCCUCAACGAUGGGUCGGCCACCUAUAUGUGCCCCAGAACUGGCGCGUGGUCUGCUAUUGACUUGUCGAUCUGUAGUCCUGCCUUAUCCACCAGAGUCCAUUGGUCUGUCCUAUCCGACCUGUCGGGAAGCGACCAUGCCCCGAUUGCUGUGGCUAUUGAAUCCCUUACCCAGCCGUUGACCAAGACUCCGAGAUGGAUAAUUAACAAAGCCAAUUGGGAUGAAUUCAAAAAGAGCAUAAGUUCUCAAACCGAAAACAUCCAAAACACUGAUAUAAACGCAGCAACAUCGUUAUUUACAUCAUCACUGGUUUUAGCGGCCGAAAAGAGCAUUCCCAAAACUUCGGGGAAACCAAAGAGGCACAAUGUGCCGUGGUGGUCCGAUGAAUGCUCAAAAGCCCUAAAAGACCGAAGAAAAUGUUUAAAAAUAUUUAAUACAUUUCCGACUGAGCCAAAUCUUGAGCGGUUCAGGAGAUCAAGAGCGAAGGCUCGACAAGUAUUCAGACUGAGUCGGCGCCAAUCUUGGCUAAACUUUACCGACCACAUUACUCGAACUACUCCUGUGUCAGACGUUUGGAGAAAACUGCGCUCUGUGUGCAAUAAUCACUCCCCACCCCCCAUCUUAGGUUUAAAACAUGGAAAUGAUUUUGUUACCGAGCCCAAGGCGAUCGCAAAUAGGUUUGCCUCCUACUUUGCGGGAAUCUCCAAAACAUCGUCCUACGACCGCGAGUUUAAAAAUUUCAAAGCCAUAAAAGAAUCGCUCCCCCUUAAUCUGAAUUUACACGACGACUCUCCUCUCAAUCAUCCCUUCACUCUCCACGAACUAAACUCUUCACUAAAGGCCACCUCCAACUCCGCUCCAGGUCCCGAUAGCAUACAUUAUGCAAUGCUGCGAAACCUACCAGCUGGUAUUAAACAUGAUUUACUCCUUCUGUACAAUAGAAUAUUUAUAGAAAACAAAUUCCCUGUGUCUUGGCGUCGAUCACAUGUUAUUGCAUUGCACAAAAUGGGCCAGGAUAGCACUUCUCCUGGGAGCUAUCGACCUAUCUCACAAACGAGCAGUCUUUGCAAGACCCUCGAACGCAUGGUCAAUCGGAGACUCGUCUGGUUUUUGGAGAAAAAUAAUCUCCUAUCUGCCCCACAGUGUGGCUUUCGUCAGGGGAGAUCGUCUACUGACCAUUUGAUAACAAUGGAAACGGCCAUACUGAAUGCUUUCAUCCAAAGAAGGCAAAUGACUGCCGUUUUCUUUGACUUAAUGAAAGCAUAUGACACUGCUUGGAGAAGAGGUAUCAUAAAUACACUGGUAUCUUGGGGAAUUGGAAACCACAUGCUGGCGUUCAUUAACGGUUUUAUGAUGGAUAGAUCUAUUCAAGUGAGGCUAGGAAAAACUCUUUCUGACCCUUUCAUUCAAGAGAAUGGAAUUCCGCAAGGAAGCGUCCUGAGCUGUACUCUGUUCGCUAUUGCCAUCAAUGAUAUCGCCUCUUGUGUCGCCCCUCCGGUACAUUGUUCUCUCUUCGUUGACGACUUCGCCAUCUUUGUUACUGCAAAAAGGCUGUCUGCAACGGAGCGUGCUCUUCAGCUCACUAUUAAUCGCCUUGUUAAGUGGUGCGGUAGAACUGGUUUCACCUUUUCUCUGCCAAAAACGAGGUGCAUGGUGUUCUCUAGGUUGCGCUCUGUCGAUGAACCAACACUUUUUUUAAAGGGUCAGAGAAUUACGCCUUGUGAAGAAAUUAAAUUCUUAGGCCUAACCUUCGAUCGCCGCCUUACCUGGAUCUCACACCUUAAAAGUCUUAAGUCUAAAUGCCUUAAGCGGCUAAACCUUAUCAGAGCUCUGAGUGGGACGAAUUGGGGGGCAGACAGGACCUGCAUGCUCAGGUUCUAUAAAGCCUUUAUACGCUCCUGCUUGGACUAUGGAUGUCAGGUUUAUGGAUCAGCGAGACCUAAUGCACUCAAGAUGCUAGACUCAAUCCACAACUCUUCUCUAAGACUGGCCACGGGAGCAUUGCGAUCUAGCCCUGUGAUUAGUAUAUAUGCCGAAACAGGAGAGCCUCCGCUUAGUCAUAGAAGAGUUCAACUUUCAUUGAAUUACGUCCACACACUCAUGUCCAAACCUCAAAAUCCCGCCUACGACUGGGUCCUAAACAAUUCACUACACGAUCAGUUCAUUACUAAACCGAGGCACCCUGCACCAAUUGGUGUAAGAGCUAUAACAUACAAUUCUCAGAUAGGUCUAACCGAUUACGAGGUCAGGGAGUUGCAUCAGUGCGAUGUCCCGCCUUGGUCCGUAACUCCACCAGAAAUAAUCUUGAGCCUCUCCACCUUUAAAAAACAUACGACACCGGACACCAUAUAUCAUCAAGAAUUCCGUCAAAUCUUACAACAACUCUCUCCGUGCGAUGUGCUAUACACAGAUGGAUCAAAGGAUGGUCCGAGGACAGGUUGCGCUUUUGUUACUGCGGGUAGACGAUACGGUUUCCGACUCCCCAGCGACUCCUCUGUUUACACGGCUGAACUGACAGCUAUACAGAAGACCCUGAACAUUACGUGGUCUAGAACUGGUAAGUUGGUAAUCUGCAGUGACUCUCUUAGUAGUCUACAAGCAAUUGGCGACAUGUACUCUAAGAACAUCUUGGUUCGAAGUAUCUGGUCCUCACUACACAAGCUACAGUCGGAGGGAGUGGUUGUUAUUUUUGUCUGGGUUCCCGGACACGUAGGCAUCCAUGGCAACGAGCUGGCAGACAGAGGAGCAAAAGAAGCUUUGGAGCUCCAACCAUUCACCUUACGGAUGGUGGCAUCAGACAUCACUCCUGUGGUGAAAGCCAAGUUAAAAGCUAUGUGGAGUUCCGAAUGGCAGGCGGUCUACAACAACAAGCUAAGAAUCAUCAAAGACUGCACAAGACCUUGGGGUACAGCUCAUCGCCGGAGUCGGCGUGAGGAGGUGGUGUUGUGUCGCCUUCGUCUUGGCCACACACUGCUCACUCACGGCUUCCUUAUGAAUCGAGGUGACCCACCGAUUUGCGCCACAUGCGACACUGUUAUUACAGUGAAGCAUGUGCUGGUCGACUGUCCUUGCUACUCAAGGUGCCGUCGAGCUAUCAAUCUGCCAGCUUCGUUAAGGGAUGUGCUAGCGCCUUUAUGGAAUGGUGGACAUAAGACUACUGGGGAAGGUCUACCCAAUGUGGACGGCGAGGUAGUAGUCCACACCGACACCUACACAGUAAAACCUCGUCGGAGGGUGGAAUUACAAGCGAAGGUGGAAGACUUAAAAAGGAUUACUUAG